CACGGCUGUACCUUAUGUAUUGAAAAACUUGAGAAUUAUCAAUGGAUCAGAAAGUAUACGGUAACUUCAAAUCUAGCUUUCAUGACCUGCGACCCUUCGCCAUAUUGUUAGAGUGUCACGAUAGUGUCCGGCCAGUGUGAACUCUCCGUGUCUCACAGAAAACACAUCAACAUGCAUGAAGCGAACACUCAACAGGGGACCUUCAGUGUCGAUGGGAAGAAGCUUGACUCGGAUUUCAGAGGACAGCACACCACUACAGUAACAGAUCGAAGUGGCCACAGUAUAAAGUAUCAACUAUUCCAAGGGGUACAUUACACACUUCUGUUUAAAGUCGAUAUACUUCAACAAAUCAGAGGUUUCAACAUGAGGCUAGAUGACAUAUACUUCGCUGGAUAUCCUCGUACAGGGACAAACUGGACAUUCGAAAUGGCAAGCAUGCUUCUUAAUGGUAAAGCUGAAACCAUCCAAAGAGCCAAGGAUCUCAUGGAAUUAACUCCUCAUGACGAACUCGCCCAUCUGCCAACACCACGCAUCGUCAACUCUCACAUGAAGCUGUCCAACUCUCCAGAUGAUGUGGCAGCACUGAAGUGCAAAGUCAUCUACACCUUGCGAGACCCAAAGGAUGUUGCUGUCUCUCUGUACAAACUCUACUUUGACAGACCCUUGCCCUUUGGAAGAUAUAUGGGAUCGUUUGAGGAUUAUCUUAAUCUCUUCUUGGAUGGAACAGUUGACAACAAUGGCAUAUUUGAACACUUGAGAGACGCCGAGAAAUAUUUCAGUCACCAUCCCGAAAUCCCAGUUCACGUGCAAAGUUACGAAGAAGCCAUCAAGGUACAAGGCCUCAUGUCACAAAUGAUCUUAGCACCACCAUUGUCGUAACUCCCAUACUUGAAUAUUGACUUACGGUUGCAGUAGUGCUAAGAUUGCUUUGUGGAAUGAGAUCAGGAGUGACAUUUUAUACAUGUUCCUUUUGUUCCUUGUUUUGGUAUACAUGUAUUCCAUUAUUUAUGACCAACAGCUUUUGAUAUGAAAAAUAUUCGAAAAUAGAUUCUGCAAAAAAGAAACGCAAAAGUAGUAAAAUCGUUAAUAUCUGACAGUGUCGCCAACAUCCAUGCAAACUUCAUACCAAAAAUGAACUGGUCAUUUCUGCAUGGAUUUGGAUUGAUUUGUGUGGAAAAAAUGAGGUUCUGCAAACAUUUGGUGAAAAGAUGAGAGUCUGUCGGCAAAGCACACAACAAUAACAUGCACGUGCAACAUCACUUGCUGGGCUAUAAAAAAACGCUUGUUUUUUAUGACUGUGCAUGCCAUCACAAUCUCACAGCAAGUAAAAUCGAAAAAUGUCACGACUGACGAACGCCCAACGCAACAACGCCAUCGGCCGACUGCCAACAAGAGAAUCAUCUUCAGCUGUAUCUAGGUUUUUCCACGUAGCAGGAUUAGAAGGUUGUGAAAUCGUUACCUGACACACGGAACAACAUGUGACCUUCCCAGACCCGGUCGUCCACGAAUCACAAGAGCACUGGACAGAUUCAUACGGUUAGGUCACUUAAGUGAAAGAACCACCACGGCCAUCUCUGUUACUACGGCAAUACCAAGAUUGCGUAGGAUAUCAGUCUAAAUAGUGAGGAUACCCGUGAAGAUCCGGGGUAGAAUAGGUCUUUAGCAACC